AUGGCACGAUUCCUAUCUCGCAAGGAUAGUGAACUAUAUCACUUUCACUCCAUAAUUCGCACUAUAGAGAUCGAACCUCUACUUAGUGAGAUAGUCACCUAUGCUGGCAGAAUAACUCUCCUGUUUUGGCUCAAUUACCGAUAUGGAGGAACCGGUCAGAAUUUUAUACAUAUAUUCAACUUUUGGUCUAGAUUUUCCAAGAGCUUCGACAAUGUUUCGAACCGUGUCUCCGGUUUUACUCAUUCUAUAGAGGCCGAGCAUGUCUUUCAAGUCCUUUAUGAUUAUACAGGCGAAACGCAAUCAGAGGGCGAUCAAUUACUAGAAAGUGAUGGGAGCAUUGAUUUUCAAGAUGUCUGCGUCUCUUACAACAAGAAUACCUUUGCUUUGCGCAAUAUAAGCUUUUCUGUCAAACCGGGUCAGACCAUUGCUAUUGUCGGCAGAAACGGUGCCGGGAAAAGCACUAUUUUACGAACUCUUAUGCGACUGAUUGAUCACGACAGCGGUGAUAUCAAGAUCAGCAAUCAUGACAUUCGCAGACUGACAAAGGAAUCUGUCAGAGAGCAUAUUAAAAUGGUCCCGCAGAACCCGGAGUUAUUCUAUGGCCAGACGAUAUUGACAAAUCUUACUUAUGGCUGCAGGCCCGAUAUUGAUUAUGAAACUGUUCAGGAAAUAUGCAAGCAUAUUGGCCUGCACGAGAGAAUCUUAAGCUUCACGCGAGGAUAUCAGACCGAGCUUCAUCCAUCUAAUGAUCUAUCCGGUGGACAGAAACAGAUUGUUGCACUUGUUCGUAUCCUGUUGCAGAAGCCCUCAAUUCUGGCUCUAGAUGAGGCCACCAGCCAAUUAGAUAAAGCCACAGAGAAAACAAUAUGGAACUACUUGGACACUAUCCAGAAAACAAAAAUCAUUGUCACACAUCGGCUACAGAAAAUCAAGAAUGCUGAUCAGAUCCUUGUUGUUGAACAAGGCCAAAUCGUGGGGAGAGGCACUCAUAAAGAGCUGUUGGGCAAUGAGAUCUAUCGGUUACUUCUUGGCUCUGUUUGA